AUGAAAAUCGAUCUUAAAUUUAGUAUUUCCACAUAUUUUCCUCAUCAAAUACCCCCUCCCCCAGAAACCAGUCCAGUGCCUUCUGCGAAAAGGCCUCCGGACCCCAACCGAACCUCCCGGACUCUCUCAACACCACUUCUACCUCUGGAAUGGAGUCAUCUGGACCUACUGAUCGAUCAGCGCUUUUCCAAAUCUUCCCAGCGCCGUCGAAGGUACCGACGUCGAUUUUUCGGUCCCUCCUCCCACACCUGGGUCCUGGUCAUGUCUACUCUUCUCUCAUGUCUCCUCCUUCUCCUUCCUAGUCUCCUGCCAAUGGCAAACUCUGCUCCUUCGCGUACCCCUCCUCCUCCUCCUCCUCCUCUGUCCCCUCUUUCCCAAGAUUUAAAUUUCUCCGACUCCACCUUCUCCUCCCAAGACGACUCCCUGUGGCUAAGUGGCUUUUCCGAUGCUGAAUUAUCAGGGGAUUUGAUUAAUCCCCUUCCAAAAGAUGCUGAACUUAUUCAGAAAAAGGAAUUACCUCAAUAUGAGGAACAGGAAUUCUUACUUGAUUUCGAAACCGUGGAUUAUCAGAAAGAAACUGCAAUUGUUGACCAUAAUUCUCAGAAGCCCGAUUAUGAAGAAAGUAUUCAAGAUCUGGUUGCAGCCGGAAUCGCUCAAACCUUUGAUGACUUCAGUCACUCGAAUUAUCGGAAACUGCUCUUUCUUCCUGAAUCAAAAAGCCUCUACGCCGUGGCAGAUGCAGCGACUCUUCUAAAACUGGAUGGCCAAUCCCUCAAACUCAGCUCUUCUCACGCGGUCCCACAUUUUCGUCAAGGUAUUCGUAACUGUGAUGAAUCGAAAGGCUGCAGAGAACGCGUUGACAUUACAGUAUUGACAAGAACGCCUCAGUUCCCUCUUGCUCUAUUCUGCAGCUCUCACUACGAAGAACGUUCAAGAGGAAUUAUUCGGGAAAUCGCCUCUGCCUGUGUUGUUCCCAAUCCUGCAGAUAUAACAGAAUCCCUAAUGCAGUGGGACAAUAAGUACUACUCCUCGGCUGAUGCACACAGGCCCCCCGUUGUGCUGUCUCCUAGAGAGAUUGGCCCCGAAUACGCCGCCGUUGGCUCCACUAACGUUGAGCCUUUCAUCUACGUUGCUGGGGUCUCCGCAGACUCCCUCCGCAUAUCGCGUCUUCAGAUGCCCGAUUGGAGCCGCUUUGAUAUCAAAUGGGAUGGUGUCCUCUUCACACCGAAAAGCAACUUCCUCUUCAAUGAACCGGCAACUAUAGUGAUGAGCUUUGAGACAACGAGAGCAGUGUAUUUCCUCCUUCGGGAGGCUUCCAAAUCGAGAAGCGGUAAUAGACAGAUCAUUUCGCGAGUCAUCCGCGUGUGCCGAGGAGAUCGGGGUGGUGUGACGGGCAUUGGUGAGAGAUACUUUGGCACGAUGGCAAAAGCUGAUUUGAUUUGUCAAACAGAAUCCACAACCAGCCCAGCCAAUGGAGAGCGUGCGCACUUCAUUUUCGAUUUCGUCCAAUCAGCUCACUGGGACUCUAAUGCUGAAAGACUCUACACCGUCUUCUCAACUGGAGAAGCUGGGCCUCGUGGCAGCGCAAUUUGCAUCUACGACCUGCAGAGCAUUGAGAAGGCGUUUCAGGGUCCCAUCUCGAACUCGAACGGCAUUCUGAGAUCGAAUUCGAAUAUGCACAAGUUCGACUCCCCCCGACCCAACCCCUUUCCCAAUGUCUGCGAGCGCCUUGCUGCUGGCAAUCUCACCUUGAAGGAGCUGACUCUAGUCCGAAUGGGUACGAACUUUUACUAUCGUUUUGAACCCAUCACCCCACUCUUUGGUCACGCCGUCGUCAUGUCUCCAAGCACUAAGUGGAAUGAAGUAAUUGGCUAUCAACUCCCUCCAGUUACUUCUUCAAACUACUCAACCUCAGUGUUGUGGAUUUCUUCCGACACCCACCUCACUCAAUUUGCCCUACACGAAUCUCACUACAGGGACGAAGAAGUCGAGAUCUCUUUCCUCCUGAGCACGUGCGAAGUUAGACGCCUGCGUAUCGGCAGUGGCGAUGAUGCAAAUGAGAGCAUUCUCCUGAAGCUUCGUGAAGGACCUUCCUUUGAAUGGCUGCCGCACACAAAUGAGAAGAAUAAGCCGGCGAAGGAAAGGAUUCUGCGCUUCCUCGUCGAGGCAUGCUUAGAAUUGAUUGUACGAUUUGCAAUUCCUAGUCCGUUCGUAACUUAUAAUAUCUCUCUGCAGGGUGAAUUCGUCUAUCUUGGAACCACACACUCGAUAUUCCGCUUUCAAACCGACUCCUGUGCCUCCUAUACUAACGAGAAGACCUGUACUACAUCAGGGGAUCCGCAUUGUGGAUGGAGCAGUCAGAAAUUCAGUUGUAUCAGUCGGUUGAGUACGUUGAAGUCCGCUGGUGGUCUUGCUCUGGCUGUCAAUGAAAAUUCACCUCCAAAAUGCAAGACUCCAAAUCGAACCUCAUUUAGAAAGCAGGACACCGGGUGGUCCCCAUGGCACCCAUGUUCUUUAACCAAGGACCUACAUCCCAAACCACUGGAAAUGUCUCCGGAAUUGCAACGAUCGUGCCUCUGUCGAAUUUGCCUUAGCGACACACUGUGCAAUUUCGGGGAACAGCAAGUGUCCCAGUGCAAAUUUGCUGGAGUAUGGUCUCCAUGGUCAAGUUGGUCCCGCUGUGAGGACAAAUUGCGCUUUCGAACUCGAACUUGCUUCAACCCCCUCUUGGGCACUGCCAUCCCCUCCUCUGAAUGCAUUGGAGAUGAUCGAGAAGAGACUCUCUGUCUCGUGCGUCCUUUCAUUCCUGAAGAGGUGGGAUUUAAGGCGAUGAGAGCCGAGCAGGUGGCGCUAAAGGACGGCUCUGGCCAGAACAUUAUGCUAGACAAGAAUAACUUGGUCGGAAUGUUAGUCGGAAUCGUCUUGGGAGUAGUCUUCACUCUCCUCUUAGUCUUCCUUGUUGCAAGAUUCUGCCGGCCUCCAAGAAGAAGAAAGCACCCCGGGAGGCUGAGAUUUCACGACAUAUCUAGAAGUAUAAGUAAUAUGCAACUUGAACGUCAAAUAAGACACUCAUUGCUGCAUGAUCCCACUGUAUAUGCGAAUCCCAGUCCAAUCGAUCAAUCGAUGCACUCAAAUUCAUCCCUUAGAUACAACUUCCUACACCAAUCACCACCCAUGAAUGUGGAAAGAAGUCCUCGUUCAGAAGAGCCCUUAACUACAACUCCCUUUUACGAUCGACUUUCUGAAAGCACAAGUAAAUAA